UCGUGUCUAGUGAAUUCCUCUCCAAUUGAAUUAACUGUGGAUUCUAGCAUGUAUUGGACUCUUUUCAUAACUUUUUUAUUAUGGAAAGGAGUGAGCAGUCAAAGUGGAGCCCAGGUUCCUCCUGUUGGAAGUGAAUACAACGAUCGGGCUAAUGACGGCAGCUACAGAUUUGGAUUUCAAACUGGAGACCAAGGAGCACAUUACCAUGCAGCAGUUGCUUCGAGGGAAAAUCAGGUUGCUGGGAGGUUUGGCUCUAGAGAUCCUUCGACAGGAAAUGUCGUGGAAACAAAAUAUACCGCUGGGAGAAGAGGUUUCCGGGCACGAGGACCUAAUAUAGCCAGGAAGAUGGACCUCUCUCAAAACAAAGGCCCAUACAAUCCUCCGGUCAAUCCGAAUUCCCCGAAUUACAAUCCUACUUUGGACGGAUACCACGACCCGAAUGAAGACCCAAGCUAUAGUUUUGGGUUUAAAACGCCGACAUACGUCAGGAAAGAGAAUUCCGAUUCGCGAGGUCACGUAAACGGAGCAUAUUCGUUUAUUGACGAUGUUGGAGAAAGACACGAUGUGAGUUACGAAGCUGGGGCGAAACUUGGUUUUAAUGUUAAAACCCCUUUCCCAGAUUCAAAACCUUUUAGUGGACUUUUCUAUAGAGGUCCACCUUCCAAACCCGGUGGGAAAACGGUUAGAGGGAAAACGUCGAUUCAGCAAAGGGGAGAUGGGUCUUACCGGUUUGUUUCAGCUGGACCGGAUCAGAGGAGAACCGAAGCCAGCGAUUCACUGGGGAAUGUAAGGGGUUCGUACACUUACAUCGACGACAAGGGCCAACAGCGUACGGUACAAUAUAUUGCUGGGCCAAAUAUCGGUUACAGAAUUGUAAAUAAAGGCACAGGGCCUAAAUUCCCUCAGUUCAUCCCUCCUGCAGGGCCGUUCCCGAACUUUCCGAGCGUUUUAGAUCCACUGCGCCCAGAUUUUCCGCCAGGACCUAUAUUUACAGGAAGUGAUGACGAUUUGGUCAACGGAGGCGGCGGCGGAUCAAGUUCUUCCGGAGGAGGUGGUAUUGGAGGAGGUAGUUCUGGCGGAGGUAGCUUUGGCGUAGGCGGAUCUGGAGGAGGUGUAUUUGGCGGAGGUAGUUCUGGCGGAGGUAGCUUCGGCGGAGGCAGUUCUGGAGGAGGCGGUUCUGGCGGAAGUGGUUCUAGCGGCAGACCUUUUGGAGGAGGAAAUUCUGGAGUUGGCAGUAGUUCUGGGAGUGGGAGUGGAGGAGGAGGUGGUGGUAGUUUUGGUGAAGGAGGAAAUACUGGCCAAAGCAAUUCCGAUGGAGAUGUUUUUGGAGUAGGAGGUUCUGUACUUGGUGGGACCAAUGGAGGUUCUUCAGGAGGGCAUAAUGAAGGUAUAGAUCUGUUUGGUGGCGACGGAGUAUUCGGAAGUGGAAACGAGAACGGAAUCGAUGGAGGCAGUAGUUCGCAGCCUCCGGGUAGCAAUUCAUUUGGCUCAGGAAGUAGCACAUUUGGACCGGAUGGCAGUUUUGGAGGGUCAGGCAGUAGUACCUUCGGAUCAGGCGGAUCAGGGAGUACUACCAUAAAGCCAGGCAGUACAUUUACAUCCGGGACAACAUUCGGAUCUGGCAGCACUUCUGGGUCGAAUGAUAACAACUUUGUUGGGAACUCCGGGGUCGGAUCUUCAACAACGCAAUUUCCCAAUAGACCAAGUACAGGUGGUGGCUUAUCAGGACAAAGUUUUCCCGGAGGGCCGACAACAACAGCCAGCACUCCAUUUCAAGGAUACCCAAGUGGCAGACCACCUGCAGGUUCGCCUCAAUUUUCCAUUCCUGGUGAACAUCAAAACAACUGCUGCGGCGGCAAACGACCUUCCAGCACGACCUCUCGUCCGAGCACUCCGGGUCAGAUGUACUUUCCUUCGUACGUGUUCCCAGAGGAUGACCCUAAUCGGCCUAAGAGACCGCUGAUUCCUUUCGGCGAGGACUUCCUGGACAAGCCUUACUUUGCUCUUCCUCCAAAGAAACCUGGACAAUACAAACCUCUUCGAAACUGGCAAACGCCCGAAGGCGGUUCCACCAAGAGCGACAGCACUUAUCUAAGCUCAAACAGAAAUUAUUACGGCUUUCCCUCCGGGGUUGCAAUUAGAGCACAUGUGCAAUCUCUUGACAUUCGACCGUAUGGAUCUCGCAUUCCUUCUCCCGGCUUCGCUUUGGAACAUAAUAUAUCCAAUCACAAAAGAAAAUAAUCAAUUUUCAAUGUGAACGGUCAUGAAAUUUU